AAAACUGUGCUUCCCUGUCCCAUGCAGCCACCCUCUAACCUACAGGCAGAUACUUCUCCUCAGACCAAGCCAAGAGCCUCGGAUGUCACAUCUCAGUUGUGUCUGGACCUAGAAACCACUCCUGCCCUCCUCACAGUUGCUCAACCACCACCAAAUCCCCUGUAAUUCUUGCCAAACGUGGGCUCUCUUGUGUAAUCUGAUACAGCCACCAGUGCACGCACACACACCCUUUUUUCUGCUAUUUAGGUAAAACACAGCCAACAAUUUCUCCACUGUAUAGCAACACCAGCAGUAGAGACAGGAGCUGGCCUUGGAUGUCCAACCCUUUUUCUUUGUAAAGGAGAGAAAGGCAGUAAGAGACGCAGGCCAAGUUCAAGUCACCAAGGAAGGAUGUGGGCUUAUGCUGUUGGUUUUACUGUCCUGCCUCACGUUGGAGGUUUCCUUGGCUGGUUCUUUAACCGAAAAGACAUACCUGUUUGGUAUGAGAAGCUGAAAAAGCCUGCAUGGUGUCCACCCCGCAAAAUAUUCCCUGUUGCUUGGACUGUCCUGUACACCGGCAUGGGCUAUGCCUCCUACCUGAUAUGGAAUGACCUGGGUGGCUGCAGCAGCAAAGCUAUCGUCCCGCUUGGUCUCUACGGGGCUCAGCUAGCCUUGAACUGGGCUUGGCCUCCCUUCUUCUUCGGUGCACGUAACAUGAAGUUGUGGCCAUAAUUUAAUACCCCUAUACUCAAGAAGAUGGCAGAAAAGCAGGAGGAGCCCAGCAACACCCAGAACGGUGAACCUGACAAUGCAGAAGAGGGUGAGGAAAAAAAGAAGAAAGUGAAGCGGGAAGACCUGCCGCCAUUUGAAAUUGUGACAGGAGAGCGCCUCCCAGCCAUGUUUUUCAAAUUCCAGUUCAGGAAUGUGGAAUACAGCUCAGGCAGGAACAAAACCUUCCUGUGUUAUGUUCUUGAGACCCAAGGCAAAGAGUCAGUGACUUCUCGGGGUUACCUGGAAGAUGAGCAUGCAGCUGCCCAUGCAGAAAUGGCUUUCUUCAACACAAUCUUACCAAAGUGUGACUCAAGCCUCCGCUACAACAUCACUUGGUACGUCUCCUCCAGUCCCUGCGUGACCUGCGCUGAUCACAUAACCGAGACCCUAAAGAAGAACAAGAACCUGCAUCUGACAAUCAUGGUAGGGCGCCUCUUCAUGUGGGAAGAGCCAGAAAUGCAGGCUGCCCUGAAAAAAAUGAAGUCAGUUGGCUGCAAGCUGAGGAUUAUGAAGCCUCAAGACUUUGAGUAUGUCUGGCAGAACUUUGUGGAACAGGAGGAAGGAGAGGCAGCAAAGGCUUUCGUGCCAUGGGAGGACAUUCAAGAGAACUUCCAAUAUUAUGAGGAAAAGCUGGCUGAGAUUUUGCACUGAAGCUCACGUGAGUGAGGAUUUCCACUUGGUCACUUAUCUCCUUGUAUUAGUAUUACCAACUCCUGGUUUUACUUUGGGUUGUUAAAGGCGUAGCCCAGAGCCAAUUUCCAUUACUGUUACUCUCAAAAUACCUGGCUGGGUUUGCCUGUAUCUGAAUACUGAAAAUAAUCCUAGGCAGUACCUUACCCUUUCAAGGGUAGUAAUGCUACAGUGGACUACUCCACAGCAGACACGUAAGGGAUUUAGGGCUUUUCUUUUUCUCCUCAGAGUAAAAAUCUCCAGGAAUGAAAAGGUACUAGGGUCACUAGGUACAACAAGAAUACCUCACUGUUCCCCACAUAUGUGAUAUUCAGGACACUUGUGGGAACAGUGAGAGGAAUGUAGAGAAAAGGGGAUUUCCCCCCCACCCCAAAGUCUAGCCCUCUAGAAAAAAAAAUAAACAUUAAAGAAAACCAUGGUGAUCAUUGCAGAAUUCCCUGUUUUUUUUAAAGGGGUAGUGAAGAGUCACCUAUUUAAACCACACAACAUGAAAGCAUUUAAAGUUUCUAACAUGUUGCUCUUUUUCCUUCCUCACAACUAAUUCAGAAAAGAUCUAUGAAGAGAGAUGCAACGGACUUGGCUAUCUGGGACACUCCUGCUUUCCAAAGCUUUGAUUCCAGCAGGAUGGAACAUCAACUUCUGGAAGAUGAGGCCCUGAUGGACUACAAAUACAUAUACAACACAGAUCUUUGGUGUUUGGGAUUUUUUUGGUUUAUUUUGUUCCUCCCUGCCUCCUACCCUAAACAAACCCAUGCUGCCUCUGCUGAUAAGAAAGAAGGCAACAUGCUGUGUGAUUACAGCCUUGAAUGAAAUGGAUUGCAGUGGACCUAUAGGAAAGACUGUAGACCUCACAUAGCAGGACUACUUUAUGAGAAAAGAUCUUAGAACAAGGCUGCCCAUUAGAUAAAUGCAUUUAGAAAGUACGUACUUCGUAAAUGUUAAAAGGGAUUUAAGAUGACAAAAAGGUUUUCUUCCUCUGACCUCCUCAAUAAUCAGAGCUAUGAUUUAAGUUAGCCCUAACUGGUCUAUUCUAAAUUAUGACGGAGCCCUAGGAACUUCAUUUCAAAUACAUCAAAUGCCUUCUCCCCUUGUUCAGUGAUGUUUGUGACAUAAAACUGGGAAAAGCAAAGUGAAAUAAAAUUAGAAGUCACUGCAAAAACCUAUAGUACUAUUUAUUCCUCCUUCUCUAUUUGUAAGAGGUCCUAAAUUCAAUCUGACAAGUGAGACAUCCUGGGACAGCCAUGUAUGAAAUAUUUCAUAGCUGAAGUACAGCAUGAGAAAGGAGAAUUACUAUAUGCCAGAAAAAUUUCAAGAGUACAUAUAAGUGUGUGUGUGUGUGAGAGAGAGAGAGAGAGAGAGAGAGAGAGAGAGAAAAUAUGGGCACAUCAUGUCCUAUAUAAAAGGAGGCACAGACCAAACAAGGGUUGCAAGGACACUCAUCAGCUAAGAAACAGAGUCAGAUAGGGAUCAUGCUUCCAAUCAGUUCUUCAUGUUGGUUUCUCCUGCACUGUCACAAGCAGGAAAGGUGCUAGACAUACACAUACACACAAAUAAAACUGCUGACCGCAACCAUCUCCUACCUCAGUCAACUACACUAAAUCCUGGCAUAAAUUUUCAAGGCAGAAAAAACAAGCAGCAAUGAAAAACCCUCUGUGGAGCCACUGUGGAUUUCACCUCUGUGCCACUAGAUUUAAGAAAACAAACAUAAAUAAGCAUAAGGGCUAAAUCAAUGAGCAGCCUUUAUGUCCACUCUUGACCAGUUCAAUACUCCAAGUUCCUAUUUGUCUUAGUGAGUUUAUUCCACCACCCCCCCCAGUUGUAUAUUUAGCUACAGCAAUUAUCCACCAAAAGCAAGUUUACAAAGGAUGGUCAACAAACACGGAGAGUAAUAUUAUGAAGCUCUUAAAGACACAAACAGGAUUUGCACAUCUGCAUCAGCAAAGAAACCACACAGCACAGAUUAAUCCACAAGGCUAAGAACAGAAAACGCUCCACCCAUUCAAUCCAUAGUGAAAAACCAAUUAGGAACCCUAUGUUAUGCUACAAACUUCAACUGUUAUAUCUCACAUUUUAGGUUUAUUCAACAUAUGUGGCACUUUUCCGGACAUUCACUAUAAAAAAAGUCACAAAGAUUUAUUAGGGGGGAGUGGGAAAAAACAAACAGAAAGGAAAGGCUGAGUAUAUGAUAGUUCUUCAGUACUGGAACCAAACCUUACAAAAAUCAAGUGUUUAUCAGUGAUCUGCUGAACUGUUACUGAUUUACUUUUGCUAUUGAUGACAGCAAACACCACCCUACAUGUAACACCUAAAUUAUGAAUGCAGUAAAAAAAGAAAUAUGAAAAACAAACCUUAAACUCCAUACUAUGACUUUUCAUAGCACAACAGUCAUUUACAUGUGGAAUCUCAUAAAAUUGAGUUCUGCAAACUAUACCAAUUAUACGGUACAUAAUGCACCCACAUGGUGUCUAUACACACCUCCAGCAUUUCCCCUGAACACAGCCACAACACAUACAGACAUCAGUAUGUUUUUCCAAAAGGACUGUGCUCUCAUCUGACAGCACAGUCCUGAAAAGUUAUUUAUUUAAUGUUGGCAGCAAAAUUCCUAGCAAGUACAAUCUCAUAACUAAAAAUUGCAUUUGUAGCCAGAAGGUAGAAAUUAAAUUUUUAAUCCUGUAACAAAGAGUAAGGGAACUGUAUGCCAGAUAUGAACACUGCAAAACUUU